AUGGUGCUUCGCCUAUCUGACCUUGGUUCCAUGAAGCCUCGCGUCUUACCUCAAGAGCAAAAAGACGACCGCGACGACGACAUCCGCUGCGUUGACGACAUCUUUCACAUCAACUGCGAGAAACCAGGUCACUGCCAAGACCAUCUUCGUGAGGUACACGAUACAAAACAGAUCACACAGAAGAACCAGACCGACUCACCGUUCCUGCUCCUACCAGCUGAGAUACGCAACAAUAUCUACCCAAUCGUCUUCACCGGAGCUGUCAUCGCCAUAAACAAACCCCAAAUCAGAAAAGAGAAUGUUCUCACCGACUACCCCAGCGUUUCGCGCCCUCCCAAGACACCCUACGAUCCCCCCAAGAUUGUCGGGUAUGUACUUGCCAAAAUGGAAGAAGAGCCUACCGACGGCGUCCAACAUGGCCACAUCACCUCCCUCUCGGUAAUGCGCACGCACCGCCGUCUCGGCUUGGCCGAGAAGCUAAUGAGGCAAUCCCAACGCGCCAUGGCUGAAACCUUCAACGCACAUUACGUCUCCCUGCACGUCCGCGUCUCCAACAACGCAGCCCUGCAUCUCUACCGCGAAACCCUUGGCUUCACUGUCGACAAGAUAGAGGCCAAGUACUAUGCCGACGGCGAAGAUGCGUAUAGCAUGAGGAUCGAGCUAGCAGACCUCAAGGAGCAGUUGAGGGACGAAGAGGAAGAGAUUUUCGGAAGUGAGGGUGUGGACGAGGGUGAUGCCGUGGGCAGUGAGGGCCAGGAUGGGAACAAGGAGAAGGCUAAGAAGCAGAAGGUCAAGGUGGGUAGGAAUAAGGGGGUUAUGGAUCUAGUGGAGAAGAAUGAGGCGGCUGCUGCUUAG